CCCAAGAAGCCUAGCUAGCUAAAACCACCACCACCCCGGCCCCAUGCUCACUCCACUCUUUUCAGCGGCCAUGGAGCACCAGCGUAGCGAGAGGGAGCUCCAGCUUCUCCUCCUCCCCACAGUCACGCCUCGUGAUGCCUCCUUCCUCGCCCCUCGGCCGCCAGCGAGCCCCUCCUACUACCCGCAGCUCGACCUGAGCCUGUCCAUCAGCAUUGGACCACCGACGACUCAACCGCUGCAGCCGGCGGCGGCACCAGCAGCCCUGGCUGAUCAGAAUAAGAAAGCAGCAGCGGGUACGGCGGCUGACGUGCAGGCAGUGAAGCGGCAGACGGCGGAGCAGGACCGGAUGGCGUCGGCGGAGUGGGCGUACGCGGAGCGCGUGAUGGAGCUGGCGAGGCGGGAGCUGGAGCUGGCGGAGCGGGAGUUCGCGCGGGCACGGGCCAUCUGGGAGCGCGCCCGCGGCGAGGUGGAGAAGGUGGAGCGCAUGAAGGCUAUGGCCGCUGCGCUCGAGAUCACCUGCCACGCCUGCAUGCUGCGCUUCCACCCAUAA